AUAAACAAGCUAACUUUGACUCAAGCCGCGCCCCAUGUUAAAUAACUCCCCCUUUAAUCUGAUUGGUUAUUGGCUCAAAACAUGAGUCAUGUGACAAGCAGUCAACGGCCAAACAGGAAGUACGGUGAAACAUUCCAGUUUCAGGAUGGCAGUCCUCCUCUCGGCUCUCCUCCUGGCUGCUCCAGUGCUGCUGGUCGCCUCCAGCCCGGUUUAUGGCUCCAACAACAGGACUGUCCCACUGGUGAUGUGGCAUGGGAUGGGUGACAGCUGCUGUAACCCGCUCAGCAUGGGAGCCAUAAAGAAGAUGAUCGAGGAGGACAUCUCCGGCAUCUACGUGCUGUCGCUGAUGAUCGGGAAGAACGUGGUGGAGGACACUGAAAAUGGGUUUUUCCUGGACGUGAACAAGCAGGUUUCGAUGGUGUGUGAUCAGCUGGCUCAGGACCCAAAGCUGCAGGGUGGAUACAACGCCAUGGGCUUCUCCCAGGGCGCCCAGUUCCUGAGGGCUGUGGCUCAGCGAUGUCCCUCUCCACCAAUGAAAACACUGAUCUCUGUCGGCGGCCAGCACCAAGGUGUGUACGGGCUGCCCAGGUGUCCCGGAGAGAGCUCGCACAUCUGCGACAUGAUCCGUGAAGCUCUGAACCGCGGGGCGUACAGUGACCUGGUCCAGAAACAUCUGGUCCAGGCCCAGUACUGGCACGACCCGCUCAACGACGACCUGUACAAGAAGCACAGCCUGUUUCUGGCCGACAUCAACCAGGAGAGGGCCGUGAACCAGACCUACAGGAAGAACCUGCAGCAGCUGCAGAAGUUCGUCAUGGUGAAGUUCCUGCAGGACUCUGUGGUGGAUCCUGUAGACACCGAGUGGUUCGGCUUCCUGAAGACGGGCCAGGCCAAGGAGACGGAGACCCUGCAGGACAGCGUCCUCUACAAAGAGGACCGUCUGGGCCUCGCCGCCAUGGACAAGGCUGGAAAGCUGGUUUUUCUGGCCUCUGAGGGCGACCACCUCCAGUUCAGCAGAGAGUGGUUCACCAGCAACCUGCUGCCGUACCUGAGGUGAGCCGCGGCUGAGACCCAUGUUCAGCAUGUUUCAAACUGUGAUGGAGCUUUUAAAAUGUGUAAGAAAUCUGUCAAAUUCUGCUUCUGUACAACUUUUAAUCCAAUAAAGACAAACCAACCGGAUGUUAUUGCAACAGUUUAA